GGCGGCGUCAUGCGGUCCCUGCUGGCGGCCAAGCUGGGCUGCCUGCUCGGGCUGCUGCUCCUGCCGCUGCUCUGCGGGCUGCUCCCCGGGCGGCUGCGGGGCGCGGGGAUCCGCGGGCGGUGGCGCAGCAUUGUCGGCUGCGUGGCUGGAGGCAUCUUCCUGGCCACCUGCCUGCUGGACAUAGUCCCUGACUCUCUGUCUGACAUGCGGGAGGAGCUGCGGAGCCAGCAGAUCACGGUGGAUUUUCCCUUUCCUGAAUUCGUCCUGACUCUUGGCUUCCUGCUGGUUCUCGUAAUCGAGCACAUGGUCUUGGACUGCAGUGAGCGGCGGUCAGGGGAGGCCACCCCCCUCCUCUCCUGUGGGGAGGCCACCCCUCAGCCAGCAGACACUGGUGAGUGGGUGGUGGAGACGGGUGUACCUCACUUGCCUGCAGACUUCCCGGCCCACUCGUCCUUCCGCUCCUUUGUCCUCUUCCUAUCUCUAUCGGUGCACUCCCUGUUCGAGGGCCUGGCCGUGGGGCUGCAGGACACGGAGUCCAAGGUGCUGCAGAUCUGCAUCGCCAUCGUGGCGCACAAGAGUGUGAUUGCUGUCAGCCUCUCGCUCCUGCUGCUCCAGAGCCAGGUCCCUGCCUGCUGGUUUGUGGCUCUGAUUGGCACCUUUGCCCUCAUGUCUCCCCUUGGCAUCGCAGUGGGGAUUGUGAUGAUGCAGAACCCAGGCCCCAGCAGCACCAUGGCCCAGUGCCUGCUGGAAGGGAUCGCUGCAGGGACCUUUGUCUAUAUCACCUUCCUUGAGAUCCUGCCUCAUGAACUGAACGCCCCGAAGUGCCGCCUGCCCAAAGUGCUCUCCAUGCUGCUGGGCUUCUCAGUCAUGGCUGCCUUGCGCUUCCUGGGCUGAUGCCAUUGGCUCUGCUUGGGCAGCUGCUGGCUGCACUCACGUACUGAGGCAGGCACUGGCCUGGGAAACCAUCAGCUGCAGGUUCAGCCCCUGCUACCAGUGUCUCCUGGAGAUGGACUGGGAUGCCUCUUGGGCAGAGUUUUAGGGGUGGGAGGGUCUUGGGGGUGGGUUCAGGGCAGCCUGGUUUUUGCUCUGGAGUCAGAGUAGGGCCUGGCUUAAUAGUUUAGCAGCAUGCUGUUCAUGCGUGUAAUGCCUGCACUUGGGCCGGCAGGUGAGGUGAACGUGUAAAUGCCUGAUCAUGAUCACUCCAAGGUUUCGUGAACACCCCCGUCACCACAGCAGCCCCUCCAUUUUAUCCUUUUAAACGGCUAUUGUACUGAUUUUACAAGUGGAAAUUGUAUGGCUUAUAUUAAAGACUCUGCUGCGCCCAGGAAA